AAGACCAAUCCUGAGAGGGGAUAACGACAACAGCGACGGGGAAAGUAACAAUUCUCAACAGGAAGACGACGAUUCGUCGAACGAAGAUAACGAUUCGCAGAGAGAAGAAUUGAAUGAAUACGACAGUCAGGAAGACGAAAUAAAAGUUUGUGUAAUAAAGAUGCACGAAUUGACAUCAUCGGAAGAGGAUAACGCCAACUCGGACUGCGAUAGGUCGAAAAAGACUGAGACAGCCGAGGAGUACGAUGACCAUGAAGAUUCAACCAAUGAGAACAACUUUGAAGAUUUUAAUGAAAAACAAAAUAAUUCUGCCGAAAAGCAAAGUAAAACUAAAAUAGCAAGGUCAAAAACUAAGAAUGCCGAGGAGAAACUCGAAGAUGCCGAGGAGCAUACCGACCGACCAAUCACAUCACAGGAAGAUGAAAAAAGUAAAAUUACCGAGGAAAACAACUCGAGAAGAACGAUUAUAGUGAGAAAUGCCGAGGAGCGAACGAAACCAGCCGAUAGGUCAAAAAUGGAUAAUCAGCCAAUCAGAGCGAAGAUAGUCGAAAAAGACGAGGAAAACGCCGAGGAGCGUGACGAACAGCCUGAAGAGGAAAAACUUAGCCAAUCCAAAGAAAAAAUUAGUGAAAAGAUAAGUGACAUCAAGAAAGAAGAAGUGGGGGAGCCUUUCGAUAAGAAAAAUGUCUCCUUCAUACACAUCAAGAGGGUUCAUACGUACCUAAGAAGCAAAGAAGAUUCCAGUGAAGAUUCGGGAAGCGAAGAGGACCACAGUGACCUGAAACAUAAAAAGAAAAGAUUAAAGAUGAAAGAAGACGAAAGGUCAAAAGAAGAUCCAGAGAGUGUAAUGGAGUUUUAUGAAUGGAGGAAAUUAAAAAAAUAUUACAGCAAGGAAAGCGAUUUCAGUGACGAAUCAGAAGACAGAGAAGAUUACGAUAGGUGGAAACGAAGAAAAAUACAAAUAAUGGAGAUGAUAAGGAACAACAACCAUCGAGCUGAAAAAUGCCGAGGAAAGCAAACGGUGGAACAGAAAAACUCAGAGCCAGCGAGAGCCGUGGAAACCGCGAGCAAAAUCAAAUCGCUAUUGGCCGAGAGGUUUCACUUGAAAUCCUGCAACAAAUUAGAUGAUUCAACAACGGAAGAUGAAGAGGAGAAUGAAAAUUCGGAAAACAGCGACACCAAAAACAAAGAUAUUCAAUUGGAGAAGGAGGACCAAUCAGAGUCUCCGGAUGAGUUAAUGCUCAGUGGGAGUAAUUUGAGUGAAGGAGAAGAGCGACAAAUCGCGCAUAAUCAUAAUCGAAUUCAAGAAAUCAUAAAUAGAAGAUUUAGUACGGAUAACACGAACAACAAUAGCGAACAACGUGAAAACACGAAUAAUCAACAGAGGGAUAAUUCAUCCAACCAGCAAAGCCAAAAUAACGCCAACGAUGAUAAUCGACCGCAAGAAAAUGAGGAUUACGAAAGCGAAGGUGAACGAACGAUAAUAUCGUCGGGAGGUUCUAGAACGUACAACAGCGAGUUAGGAGAGGAUCUUUUCAUGGACAUGGAAGACCCGAGCGAAAUAGUGUAUUCCGAACGAGAAAUGAUCAAUAUAAUCAAUUACAAUGUGAAAUUUCGAAGCAAUCCAGGAAAUUGGAUAUGCGAACCAAUCAGCGACGAGAUGGAGAUUGCGACCGACAACGGUUGUGAGACAGCCUUAACGCGUGUGCGCGACGCAUUGCGCGGCGAGCGCCACAACGGCAGAUUCAAUCGAGCGACCGUGGUGAACGGGCGUUUGACAGUUCGUAGCAGCAGAGCGAACAACGAGACAAUAAACAAAAGUCUGACAUACGGAUACGCGAUGGAAAAAGAAAAAAGAAGAAUCAAACGAUGGGAGGAGGACAUCCAGAGGAGAUUGUCGAAAUACGAGCAGCAAGACAGGAUGCUGAAAGUGCGAGAAGACAGACUGACGGAGAUGGAGAGAUACGCGAGAGAGUUAUCUCCGAUCAAAUGCAACACCGAACAAUACAACAAGGAAGAAAGAGAAGCGCAAAACAAGUCGAUCGAGAUCAUCAAAAAGUGUGAAUUAGCUCGAGGACGUAACGUCUUUGACGUAAGUGAGCAUAGAGUGAGAGACGAAGCAGGCAAAGAGAUCGCUGAGAUCAAGGCCAUUUACGUGGUGAGAAAUUUAAGACCGCGUAACGACAAGAAAGAAUUUACGUACAGGAUAGAAACAACGAUAAGCCGUGGAAGACCAGAG